UUUAAUCUGUGCAUUCGUGAUGUGAUGGAGGAAAGUGAUUCGUACAUGCAAUUUCGUCGAAUAUUACGAAAGAAAUAUGCUCAGUGAAAAUUCAUUUAAAUUUACAUUUCUUAAAGAUUUCUGGGAAAGUGUGUUCCGGUAGGCUUAUUGAUCUGUGAAAACAAAAUGCAAAGUAUUUAUCUGUGAUCUAUUAUAAUCAUGAGUACGAUGAAGAACACAAAUCCAUCGUCUUCGAAAGUGGCUUUGUUAAGCCAUAUUAAAUACGAGCACCUGGUAGCUGGUAUAUCGGGUGGCGUAACGUCUACGCUGAUUCUGCACCCUUUGGACCUUAUUAAAAUUAGAUUUGCUGUGAAUGACGGCCGGACCGCCACAGUGCCGAGGUACGACGGGCUCAGCAGCGCAUUCGUGACCAUAGUGAAGAAGGAGGGAGUCAAGGGGCUGUACAGAGGGGUCACGCCCAACGUCUGGGGCUCUGGCUCUGCAUGGGGAUUCUAUUUCUUAUUCUACAACGCAAUAAAAACAUGGAUCCAAGGGGGCAACGCGCGCAACCCGCUCGGGCCCGGCAUGCACAUGCUCGCCGCCGCCGAGGCCGGCGUGUUAUCCCUCGUCAUGACCAAUCCCAUCUGGGUGGUGAAGACUAGACUCUGCCUGCAGUAUAGUGAGGAACAUGUUGCUGACAAUAAGAGAUACAAGGGGAUGGUGGAUGGACUGUGCAAGAUUUAUAGGACUGAGGGGGUCAGGGGAUUAUAUCGGGGGUUCGUACCUGGAAUGUUCGGCGUGUCGCACGGCGCGCUGCAGUUCAUGACCUACGAGGAGAUGAAGAACCGCUACAACCAGUACCGGAACCUUCCCAUUGACAUUAAACUGACGGCGGUGGAGUACCUGACGUUCGCGGCGGUGUCGAAGCUGCUGGCGGCGGGCGCCACGUACCCGUACCAGGUGGUGCGCGCGCGGCUGCAGGACCAGCGCGGCGCCUACCGCGGCGCCUGGCACUGCGUCUCCGAGACCUGGAGGCACGAAGGCUGGCGCGGGUUCUACAAGGGGCUGAAGCCGAACCUCCUGCGAGUGGUGCCGGCCACCAUGGUCACGUUCCUCACCUACGAGAACGUGUCGCACUACAUGCUGCGCCGCGGACGGGAGAUCACGCUGCCUUCUUAAAUUUGCGAACUGACGCUGCGAGGGGCGUGUAGUGCGGCGUCUAUGUCAAACAAAUGCAAAUGUAUGCGUGCGGCCUCAGUGCAUGCUGCUUAAAACACUUAGUAAUGCCAAAACCAACGUGAUCGGGUCCGAUAAAAAUAAAGCCGUCUCGGCUACACCUGUUACUUGAGGCUUUAAGAGCGAGUGAGACGCCACGCUGCACGCCCCGCCGAGCGCUCCGCUGGACGCUCGCGGGUGAGACGUUACCCUUCUGUCACAGGUAAAGUUCAGUAUCUGGCAGCCGGCCGGAGUGAAAGCGAUAAGCGAGCGUUUUUCUCAAGCAAGGAAUAUAUAUUCUGGCAAGCCAAAUUUAUCAGUAGAAAAUGCGUAGUAUGCAAAAUUUGCAUGGAAGAUGGGUCCUUUGCAUCUACAUUUUUCAAAAUUGCCGCCUUUUUCUACUGAGAAAACUAGCUUGCCAGAGUAUAUAUUUAAUAUAUGUACUUGCAUCCUGCGAGUGCGUUAACUGUUGAUUGCUAAUUGUCCACACCGCCGGCGAAAACUUUAUCAAGACUAAAUAUUCGCCCGUAAAGAAAACAUUCGCUUAUUUGGCAAGGUUGCCUCUGAGAGCCAGAGCGUCCUAAAGGUCAGUCCAGACGGGAACAAUUUUUCGCCAAUCUCAUUACAUUGUCUGAUCAAAUCAGGCGGUGUGGACGCAAACGUCAAUUUGUAUCGACGAUUUUGACCGCCGAAUAUGACAGAUAUUACCGAUAAAAUGGAGGUACCACGAAUAAAUUAUUUAUGAUUAUGAUUUAUGAGGUGCGGACGCAAAAAUACCGAUUUUUGACGCUAGUAUCUGCGUUUGGGGGCAUUUUUUUUUUCAUUUAGAGCGAUCAAAUAUCACCAUAAUUCUAAAAUUGACGACUAACGCUUAUUUGAUCAAAUCGACCGAUUUGAUCAUCCCGUCUGGACUGGCCUUAAUAGGGUUAUCAGAAACAUAAAUGCUUAGACAAAUUUUAGACGAGGACAGCGUUUUAUUUUAUAAAAGGCUGUGUCCUGUAAUCGAUGUUUGCCUCUCUGUCCAACAUCCAUAUUCGUUACAAAAAAGAUCAAGCGAUUACAGGUUUAUUAAAGGCCCGCCUCAAUGCUGCCAUCUAGACUUCAUCUUGAUCAUUGACGGAUAAUUACAGGUCAAUUCACGAGAGCUGGCACGAAUGGAAUGAAUGAGUGAAUGAAAAUAUAUAUGUGUGUAAUUGUGUAUAACAUUAACCAAUAAAAUGGUGGCUCUGACUGAAUACCGAUACCGAUAUAGGAGUAUACAGUAACCCUAGUGUAAAUUUAUUCGAUAGCGAAACGUGACGCACGCGUUUGCGUUAAGUCUCAUUUUGUAUGGGAUUUAGAAACAGCGCGCCAAGCGGGACGUUUUGGAAACUCAAAAUCCCAUAUAAAAUGAGAUUUAACGCAAACGCGUACGUUACGUUUUGCUAUCAAAUAAAUGUACACUAGGGGUUCUGAUGGAUACUGUAUACUCAUACAAUGCAAGUUUCAUACAGCUUUCUUGAAUCGACCUGUACUUUACACUUACAAAAAAGUUUGGUUAAAAUACAAGUUUGCAACUCACUUGUAUUAGGGUAAAAUAACUGAAAUACGAUAUUAACAUUUUAUAAUGCUAUGACUGUAAAAUGUAUGAUUUUUUUAGUGUAGUCCAUCAGCUUGUUUGGAUUGAAUUGAAGUGAUAUUGUGUUUAAAAAUCCAGAUUUUCCCUAUAUUUACUGGCAAUUUAAAAUGCAUUUAUGAUUUUAAAUAUUAUUAUAGGUAGGCGUAACGUAAAAUAUAAGUAUUCAUUCAUUACCUCUCAUCACAGUCGAAAAUUUCCAAUAGUUAGUGUUAGUACCUUUCAAAAUAUCACAAUUUAAAUGUACAAAACCUCAUUUUAAUAGUUAGUUGAAUGUUGUUUAAUAGAAAGUCAAAUGAAUGUCAUAAAAGUCAAUUCUACCAGCUAACACAAGGAAACAAUUCAAAAUUUGCAUCUGAUUACUUUGCCCCACAUGUGGAUAAAAUGCAACUUUCUCAUUAGUUUUUGAACAAUCGAAACGGCCUUAACAAGUUGGUGUGCCGUGUGGUGAAAAAUAAGUUGCAACUAAUAUGUAACAAUUAUUGAUCAUAUAUAUGAUCAUUUACAUUUUUUGGUUGCAAAUAAUAGUUACUGUUUAAUAGCGUUUUUCAAUAAAAAUACACAUCAAGAUUAUUUACCCUUUAUCUAUUGAAAAAAAAAAUAGUACCACCAAAAAGUAUUCGUUCUUUUAAAUGUUUACAGCAGUAAAUGCAAGACAGGGAAGGAAUAAAAUUAGUGGCUGGGUUUUCUAUUAGCUCCUUCUGUUUCGUAUGUUACGCAAAAGUAAACCUUAUUGGAAUGUACGACGGUUUACUUUAAAUUGUGAAUGCCGACUUUGGCGGCCAAAUGGGAUAAAUCAUCACAUUGUAAUAGACUUAAGAAAAAACCGGCUAUGUGUACAACUGUGGCAUCGUCAGCGUCACUUGACAUUGAAUAUUGGUAAAUAACUUACAGUACGGCACACCGUGCGCUGCUAUCGAUUUAAGUUACUUUACCAGGUACUAUGGAAAUACUUAGCCACUUGUUUUAUGUAAUUUAAAAAAAUAUUCUUUAGUUUUUUGUGCUGAAUCUUGUAUGAAAGAAGAAAUGUUUUCACCAAAGUAGAAUAGUACAUUUCCAUGUAUCAAGUUAUUGUUUGUUUCAUAAAUUUCAAGUGAUGUCUGCGUGGUUUUAUUAGUAAGCAUGAUUUUCUUGAAAUAAAUGGUUAUCAAAUAUAA